AUCGAAACUUGGCCAUGCCGGAACAAUGUGUACAUCGCUACUCGUUCGGAGGUAGAAGCUCGGUUGGCAACUGACGUGGUGACGCAAGGGCUUGGAAGAAGAAGCGUGAGAAAGCCACGCCCGACUGUCGGACUAGCCAAUGCAGGAAGCUGUCGUGGAUUCAUGCUGCGCAAAAAUCGGGUCCCGUAA